AUGCAGAGGAGCGACUCCCAGUCAACCGCCUGUACCAUAAACAGUAGCUACACAGCCAGCACUGUGGUAUCAGGAUAUUCUUCAGCGACCGAUUUCUCGCUCGAGUGCACCCUUCCCGAAGAUGAGACCUACCGGGAGACAUCAUCGUAUCCCGACCCAUACUCCUUUCACGACACACUUGAUGCCAAUCACAUGCUAUCUGCUACUGGGUCACAAUACCAGCAGAGUGGGAUUCAGAUACCUCAGGCAUUACAACUCCCCAACACUCUCCAGCUUUUCGGCACGAAGGCCGGUAAUGAGGAAGCCGCCUGGCAAGCGACCCAGGCAGCAAAUUCCCUAAUCGUCAAUCGGCAGACCUUCUCGGGUGGCGGCCCGUUUCUUAUUACCUCGGAGGCAGUCGAAGAAGCUUUGUGGCGGCACCAGGGGCGGGGUGACGAGGAACCGGUCCGCCUAGCGGUCCAGGCUGUCCUUCGCCAGCAACUCGACCUCAGAUUUGGUGACACUGAUCACUUCUACCCUGAGAUCGUCCGAUUACUCCAAGAGGCCGCCUACCAGCUCCAAAUACGACUCCAAGGGCCGGAUGUGAUCGAUAUAUGUUUCUUAGCCAUCGCCGCAGUCCUUGCCAGCCUGACCGGCAACCUGGAAGCUGACAACAACGGUGUAAGCUCGGGGCAGGCUGAUGAUGCUUGCAGCCCUGACUCGGUUCCGGGCCAGGCCUCAUCGUCAUCGGAAAAAGAAAAGUUCAAAUGCCCAUACCGUGGAUGCAAGCAUAUGGCCCGUCGACAGGCCGACCUAGACCGGCACUACAAGAUCAUGCACCUCGCCGACGACCAAAAAAAGGGGUACUACUGCGAUUACCCGAAGUGCGGCCGGCACACCACGCCCUUCUACCGGCAAGACCACUUUCGAGACCACCUCCGCGAAUACCACCGGGAAGAUCUCGUGCGGCGCGGAAGCAAGGGCGGCGAGGAGUGGUGGUCGGACCGUAACCCGGACGCUCUAAAGAAUGGCUGGUGGCGUUGCACCCGCUGCCUCAUGAAGGUCCGUUCCAAGAAGAAUGGUUUUGCCUGCCCCGGAUGCAAGACUUGCUGCGAGAAGGAACGCCAGCAGUACAGGCAGAUGAUCGCAAAUGCCGGGCUCUAA